AUGUUAUCGACACCAGAUAUCGAUCCAUAUGCUGUCCUGGGUGUUCAGAAGGAUGCGACUCUCGCUGAGAUCAAGUCCGCUCACCGGAAACUGGUUCUCAAGUGCCACCCGGACAAGGUCAAGGAUGAGUCUCAACGCAGCAAAGCUCAAGAAGAGUUUCAGCAGGUACAGCAGGCCUACGAGCUUCUUUCCGACGAGACAAAGAGAACCAGGUACGAUCAAAAGGCUCGUCUGGCCGAACUCCGGCGCGAAAUGAUGGCGCGCGAAGGUUCCGCUGGCGGCUCAUAUCCAUAUUCUUCCCCGCGUGGUAGCGGUACCUCCCGGGAGUAUCGCGACGGGCGAUACUACGAAGAGAGAAAGCCGGCCGAUGCGGCCUUCUUUGAAGAAGAUUAUAGGUACUGCGAGGAGCCGCGCCCUAUGUCCCGCAAGUACGAUGAGUUCGAACGGCGACGACCACGAACGAAGACGACCGAGGAAAAGAAGAAGUCCAAGUCGGUUCCCCUCGAUCAUCUUCGCACGCCGAAAGAUACGGCUCGCGACAGCGUUAAAUCGACCCACACCAGUCGGGCCAAAUACCGUACCAAGGAACGGCGGCGGGAAGCUUACGAGAAACAUGAACGGGCGGGACCGUACUACGACUCCGAAGAUGACUCCGAAGCUUCGGAUUCCAGUGCAUCGUCCAUCUAUGUGAAAGUCAAGCGCCCUUCUGAGUCAAAAAGGAGUCGCGACUCAACCUCGAGAAAGACCAAAUCGACUGAUUCAAGCCGUCGCGCCGAGCGCGCACGGUACGAUGACGAUGGUGACUAUUCGGAUGCAUGGGACUCCAAGCACGAGAAAUUACACAUAACUGCGCAGGAUUAUAUUCUUCGCUCCAAAGCUGUUCCCGUGGAAAGCGAUCGGAGACGUCGGCCGUCUCGUUCCCCCGUCCGCCACCAUGGCUACGAGUCUGCGGACCCCGAGCCAUCGUCUCGGCGUCCCGGCCGCUCAAGCCGUUCGAGCCGGGAAGAUGUGCGCCCUUCAACAUCCCGCAACGGAUCCUACGAACAUCUGGAGUCUCAGUCCCGCAGCUACGAGACCAAGAGACCCAGUAUGCCAACGGCUGCCACUUCUCCGAGUAUCAAAGUAUCCUCUAGCACCGUCAGGCCGUCUCUUCAACCUUCGCGAUCUGCAUCGAGUGCGCAGUCUCAAUCUCGUUCGAGACGAGAGCCUACUAGUCGGGUAGAACAAGUUCUCCUGAACAUGGUUCGACCAUCGGUCAAGCCAAGGGGCGUGGAGAGAUAUGAUUCAGGCUAUUCGAGCCCUGGUACUCCAGAAAUGGCACCAGGGGAUAGCCCUACCAAGACCUCCACGCGGUACAAGAUCAAAGAGCAAGACACGGUUGUGGUCGAACCGGUCAUGCCGCCGCCGCCCACCAGCUCGUCGAGACACUCGAGAGCGUACUCACCGCCACGCGCAGAACGCCCUUCGACCUCGACUCGAUCCGCACCGAAACCGGUACGGAGUAGUACUACCUACGCCUACCCUCCUGAGCCGUCGUCUCGUCACGAGAGCACUCGUCCGAGUGCUUCUAGACAGUCAUCGACAAGACUCUUCGGCGAAGUCGAGUAUAGCACACACCCCAAGGAGAAGGACAUCAAGUAUGCCCGCGAAGUCCGACCGGAGCACGUCGUGUACAGCACCCGAGAUGCCUAUCCUCGUCAGCACUACGACGAAUAUCGUCAGCCCCCGGCGCCACGGCGCCAAUCCGCCUAUGCUUAA